AUGCAUCAUGGUGACCAAUUUCAACCUGGAAAUGAAAUAGUAUACAUUGGAGGGAGGGUGAAUCACAUCGAUUUGUGUCACAUAGACCAGCUUUCUCUGGUAGAACUAGUGAAUAUGUUGAAAAAUAUAAGAGUGGAGUACUGCCAAAUUAUGAGGUUCCAUCAUAGAAUUCCUACUGAGUUGAAGAUUUUAGACAAAGAUCAGGAUGUUUUGGAUAUAGGCAAGUGGGUUAACAUGCACAAAGUCCAUGAUGCGUAUGUUGAACACAUUAGAGAAGUCUUUGAUCAGAGACAAGCUGAGUCAAAUUGUGGUCCAACAACACAACAAUGUGAUGGAGGAAAUGAUAUGGGUGAUGGUAUGAAUAUGGUUGAUGUAAAUGCUACUGUUGUGGCUUCUGAUAAUUCAUCAAAUUGUGACUCAUCUCAGUAUAAUGAACAAUUAGAAAGUUCAACUUCAGAUGAUGAGUAUUUAUAUGACAGUGAAUAUGAUGGGGAUGAAAUAAAAGAGAAUGGUACUGAAAGAAAUAAAGGGAAAAGGGUUGAGAAAGGUAGGAGUUAUACAACAAUGGGUGGGAAUUGUGGGAACUAUGUUGAAGAUUAUGAUUCAGAUGAGCUAAGAAGUAUUCCAAGUUCAUCAUCAGAUGAAGAUGAACUUAGGGUAAAAUAUCCGGUGUUUAUGCCAAGACUGACAUAG